AUGGCUUUAGAUCUGAGAAACUCAUUUCAGUGUGAACCAGCUGGGAAUGAUCUUGGAUCAGAAACUCUAGAGUUUAAACCAACCCAAAGACUUGUUGUCCAGAAUGAAGAAGGGGUUUCUAAGUUAUCAAGCACUCAAUGUGACUCAUUUCAAAACAGCAAUAACUCAUGUGCAAGGCAGGAAUUGCGAAGACUCUAUGAGUUUUUUCACUCAUGGCUGCAACCAGAAAAGCACAGCAAGGAUGAAAUUAUUUCUCAAUUGGUCCUGGAGCAGUUUGUAAUUAGUGGACACUGCAAUGACAGGUCCAUUUUGAAAGAGAAAUGGGAGUCAAGUGGCAGAGACCUGGAGAAAUUCUUGGAAGAAAUGACCGACGAUUGUAUGAAGUCACCUGUCUUAGUCCAUGUCUGCAUGCAGGGACAGGAAGCUCUGUUUUCUGAGAAUAUGCCCUUGAAAGAAGUCAUUGUUCACCUUACAAAACAGUCGUCAGCAGGAACCCCAGCAGCAAAGAAUAUGGGAUCACACUUCCGGACUCCCCAGGAUACUCCCUUGGAAACAGGACAAGGACAAGAAGAUAAAGAAGAUGGCUGCAACGUGUCUAUGAAAACUACGCAAGUAAAUGACAGUGUUACUAGUCAAGGCGAUCAAAUAUCCUCCCUACUCAUUACCCGGAAAGUGAAUGGUCCCGGGCCUGAAGAGGAAGGUGUUUCUUGUGAAAACCCACACAACUUCAGAAGACAAGGGCUAGGCAGCUCCAGGCCCCAGCAAGGGGCCCUCAAGGGUCCCUCUUAUCAAGAUGUCCCUAUGGAUGUGGGGCCAGGGUUUCUUUCCAAGCCAGACCAGUCCUCCCCCGAGCCUGUCCCUAGCAAGCAGAGCAAUGAGGGAAACUCCACAUGUGGGGAACACCAAGAAAGAUUCCAUGGAGCUCAAAAGUCAUAUCAAUGUGAGAAAUGUCCCAGGAUCUUUAAAUAUCUCUGUCACUUCUCAGCCCACCAGAGAAGACACAAAAAUGAGAGGCCGUUUGUUUGUUCUGAGUGUCACAAAGGCUUCUUCCAGGUAUCAGACUUACGCGUGCAUCAGAUCAUUCACACGGGAGAAAAGCCUUUUGCAUGCAGCAUGUGUGAAAAGUCCUUCAGCCACAAAACCAACCUGCGGGCUCAUGUGAGAAUCCACACAGGAGAGAAGCCCUAUGCUUGUUCCCUCUGCCACAGAAGCUACCGCCAGUCAUCCACAUACCACCGCCACAUGAGGAUGCAUGAGAAAAUUACCCUGAAAAAUGUUCCCUCCACACCAGAAGCUUCCUAA